GUCUCAAUGUCUCAAAAGAAAAUCAUUUACAUAUUCAACAAAUGUCUUUCCUGCUGUUCUGUUCUUGCUUAUCUGCACGUCAACACUCCAAUCAUCUUUUCAAUAUUUAGUAAUCUUAUAUGUCUCUUAUUCAAGAAUUCAACCACCUUAAAAUUUCACAUGACGCCAUCAAAUUAGCCACAGAAAACUUUUCCGACAAUAAUUUCAUAGGUCAGGGUGGAUUUGGGAGGGUGUACAAGGGUCAACUCCCAGUCGUCUCCGCCUCUUCCACCAGGCCAUCCACCACCGUCGCUGUAAAAAGGUUGGACGAGAAGUGCGGGCAGGGACAAAAAGAGUUCUUGAUGGAGAUCGUGAUGCUCUCAAGUUACAAACACGAGAAUCUCGUCUCUCUUGUUGGAUUCUGUGAUGAAGGUGAUGAAAAGAUCAUUGUGUAUGAGCAUGAGAUUCAUGGAAGCCUCGAUAAUCACUUAAACACUGAUCUUACAUGGGCGCAAAGGAUUCAUAUAUGUCUUGGUGCAGCUCGAGGAUUAAAUUACCUGCAUAAUGAUGUAGGAGAGGGGCACAGGGUGCUACACCGUGACCUAAAGAGCUCAAAUGUUUUGUUGGAUGAGAAUUGGAAUGCAAAGAUUUCUGAUUUUGGGUUGUCUAAAAUAGGCCCCACAAACCAGGCGUUUACUUUUCUUGUCACCAAUGCUGCUGGAACAUUAGGGUAUGUUGAUCCAUUAUAUGUAUCAACCGGAGUACUUACAAAAGAAUCUGACGUGUAUUCUUUUGGUGCGAUACUCUUUGAAGUGUUAUGUGGAAGGCUAGCUGUUAUUGGAAAAUAUGAUGACGAACGUAGGUUCUUAUCUCACUUGGCGCAACUUUGUUAUGAAGAUGGAAAGAUAGAUGAAAUUGUUUUUCCAAAUAUAAGGAAACAAGUGAAACCAAAUUCAUUGCAAACAUUUUCUAGAAUUGCUUAUCAGUGCCUCAAUAUAGAUCGGAAACAACGUCCAACAAUGGCAGUGGUUAUCAAACAACUACAAAUCUCGUUGGAAUUUCAAAUCGGUCAGCAACGAUUUUCACAAGCUGAAAGAGACCAUAGAGAAAAGAAUAACUUGAUGUAUCGUACUUCCAAAGUAUUUUUUUCUGUAAUGAAAAAUCUCUUUUUGUUCGGUGAGAAGAAUGAUCAUGAGUAUGACUCUAAUAGGGUGAAUAGUGAUAGAUCUGAUGAUGGAGGUGAUUCAUACUUAGAAGAUCGCCCAGGAAUAAAAGAGUUCCAAAUAACUGGGGAUGCAAAACCUGGAGGUAAACUUUUUAGGGUGUGGAUUUUCGGUGCAUGGGACCUCACGAUGCAAGUUUCAGGAGCCAUAAAACCAGAGUAUCUAGUUACAGCUGAUGAUGUUGAUAAGCUUAUUGGUGUUGAAUGCAUACCAAUGGAUGAUCAUGGUCGAAAGGGGGAAGUAGUCCGAGUUUUUGCCAAUGAGCAGACCAAGAUAAUGUGUGAUCCAAAAAUGCAACAAGAAAUAGACAAAUAUAUGGCAGCUGGUCAAGCAUCAUUUAUUACUUUACUUCUGAUGGAUUCUUCUGAAAAUUGGGAGCAAACAACUUUCACUUUAAAGCGAUCGAAUUAUCAAGUAAAGAUCAAUCAGACACAAGAGAUUUUCAUCCAAGGCAAAUAUACCAAUGAUGUAUCGAUAAAGAUUCCUUCAGGGCUUACUACACAAUUUGUGUUGACAUAUUCGGAUGGAUCUUCACACCCUUUUAAUACAUUCCAUGAUGUUAGAAUGCGUGAUACAUUGGUGCUCACCAUGAUAAUGUUCCAAAGCAAGGCAUUGGAUGAAAGAAGGAAUGCAAGAGGAUGAAACUUUUAUUCUUCGAUAUAGAUACAAGUAAUAUAUAUUCUUUGUAGAAAUGAAGUAAAGAACAAUAAGACUAUUGUAGAAGGUUUUGUUGUUUAUAUUCUAAUCAAUGAGUGAGAGUGAAAACAAUGGUGUGUUGAUUUACAUUGUUCUUAUUAU